AUGCACUUCCAAUCACGUGUAUCCACAUUAACCGUUCACGAACUCCUCUUCGCCGACGACUGCGCCCUGAACACCACCUCAGAAGAGGAGAUGCAACGGAGCAUGGACCUGUUCUCCGCCACCUGCGAGAACUUCGGUCUGGUCAUUAACACGCAGAAGACGGUGGUGGUGCACCAACCGCCACCCAACUUAGCCACAGCCCCCAACGCGUCGCCGCAAAUCAGCGUGAAUGGGACCCUACUGCAAGUGGUAGAGAACGUCCCGUACCUGGGCAGUACUCUCUCCCGCACCACCAAGAUUGAUGACGAAGUCGCCAACAGGAUCUCGAAAGCCAGUCAAGCCUUCGGUCGUCUCCAAAGCACAGUUUGGAAUCGUCACGGUCUUCAACUAAACAUGAAGCUGAAGAUGUACAAGGCCGUUAUCCUGCCGACGCUACUGUACGGAGCAGAGACCUGGACAGUGUACACGAGGCAGGCACGCCGCCUAAACCACUUCCACCUCAGUUGUCUUCGUCGCAUCCUGCGGCUGAACUGGCAGGAUCGCAUCCCCGACACUGAUGUGCUGGAACGAACGGGAAUGCUCAGCAUCUACUCCAUGUUGAGACACAUGCAGCUGCGCUGGAGCGGCCACCUGGUGCGCAUGGACGACGAGCGGCUACCCAAACGACUCUUCUACGGAGACGUCGCGACGGGUUCUCGUCGUCAAGGAGGCCAAAUUCGCCGUUACAAGGAUACCCUGAAGUCCUCCCUGAAGCUACUGCAAAUCAACCCGACAAACUGGGAAGAGCUCGCCUGCGAUCGUUCGGCAUGGAGGAGAACAGUGAAGACGGGCGCUGCUAUCCACGAAGCCAACCGCAUCGCCGCCGCCAAAGCGAAACGCGAAGCCCGCAAAUCACAACUGCGCCCAGUCAGCAACGCUGCCGCACAACUGCUUCCAACGUGUCCUCGAUGUAAGCGGACAUUCCGGGCUCGAAUCGGCCUUGUUGGACAUUUUCGGAUCAACUGUACCUCUCGAACUGCACCAAACUUCAUCCCCCCGCCCGCGUCAUCCUCGUCCUCUCUGUCGCCCAAUAACUCUGUGAAUUCUUCUGCACCACCACUUCCAUACUCCUCCUCCUGCUCCUCCUUCUCCUCCUCCUCCUCCUCAUCCUCCUCCUUCUUCUCCUCCUCCUCCUCCUCCUCCUCCUUCUUCUUCUCCUCCUCGUCCUCCCCCUCCUCCGCAUCCUCAUCAUCCUCCACCCCCACCACCACCACCACUGCCCCAACUUCGGCCCUCAGGCAGCUGUCUCGCACAUCUCCGACCGCGACACAACAACCGGUACCACCCCCGCCUCUCCUGACUCCAGCAAUGAAAAUCAGGACUACACCUGCCCUCACUGCGAUCGCACCUUCACCUCACGUAUCGUCCUGGUCGGUCACUUGCGAAUCCAUCGCACAGAGACCGGCGAACCAGUGCCUGAAGCACCAGCCUACACCCACCGCACUCGCCUCCACUGCCCACACUGCCCUCGCACCUUCACGCAUCGCAUGGGUCUAUUCGGCCACAUGCGCAUCCACGACGACCUGCGGUAGACAACCGCCGGUUACACCACAUAUCCACACACUCCCUACCCUCCUCCACCAUCACCAACACACAUCAACACUUACCCACCGCAUGCACCAACUACCACCUUCCACGCAAGUGGGAAGUGUGCAUCUCGACUCGGUUCCCACGCGGCUUUGGCUGUACGGGUGA